GGUUGUUUGUGUGUUUGUGUGUGAGUGUGUUUCCCAUCAUCGACAUCAUGACUCGUCUGCUGCUCGGAGCCGUGAUGCUGGGGAACCUGGGAGUCUGCGUCGCUGCACAAGUGAUGCUCGCUCCACCUGCUCAGGUGAGGUUCGACUCUGUGGACUAUCAGAACAUUCUGCUCUGGACUCCGCCCACAAACAACACCUCGCUGAAAUACUACAUCCAGUGGAAGAUUUACGGGGAGCCUGAGUGGUUGGAUGUGGACGGUUGUCAGGGGAUCCAGAAGCCUGAGUGUGACCUCAGCAACGUGACCUCUGACCCCAGGGAGUGGUACUACGCCAGAGUUCACGCCUCCUCUCUGCCCUCCAACAAGUCAGCCUGGGCCCUCUCCCCCAGAUUCAGCCCCCGCUGGGACACUACAAUCAGCCGACCCUUCCUGCGGCUGCAUGUCACAGAGCUAGGGAUUGUGGUCCACGUGAAGCCCCCCCGACCGCUGGUGCAGAAGAUGCACAGCAGUCUGUUCUACAACAUCUACCUCAUACACGCCAGUGGAGAGGAGGAGGUGUUUGAGAUGAAGUGCUGUUCCAAAAAACUGACUCUGAAGGAGCUGAAGCCCAAAACAAAGUACUGCGUCCAGGCCGAGGUCGAGAUCCCCUUCCAGGACAUGAACAGCGACCGGAGCUCCCUGAGAUGUGCCACCAUGCUCUGACUGCACACAGACGAGCGACUCAGUGGACGAGCGGACUCGUCAUCCGUCAGUUUCAACCACCCGGCACUACCUCGACGGCUGCAGCCACAAACAUCUGUGCAAAUGAAAGCGCUGCACUUUAUCACUCAAAGCAUUAAAGGUCCGAGCUGUGGAGGUUAAAGGUCAAGAUCCUAUCACAAGCCUUUUCCUCACCAGUGAGUGGACGUCCAGUCAAAUAUCAACUUAUGUUUAGCCUUUUUAUUAUUUUUGUCAUCAUUAUAGUUUUUUACAUUUUCAUUUGUUUCCUGUGAACGGAUCGGGUCUGGACCUGGGAAGAACCAAAACAUUUCGGUGCAGAUUUAAAGAAGAAGAUUCAGGGAUUGAUUAGUAAGGUGUACAUUUGUGAAGAAAUUAAACGACAAAAACCUUCAUUAAGAAAACAAUAUUUGACUUAAAUUAGAUUUUUGUUUGUACCAAGUCCUGUUCCUGACCUUCACUGCAAUCAAGACUCUUUGGCUUCCCUUCUGGGAGCUGUCAUGUCAUCCAUCUUUAUCGACAUAGUUUGAACUUUACAAUUAUCUUGUUUUUGACUUAUCGUAGAUCCAACGUGUGCACGAGUCUACGACCCAGUUUCUUUUAAUGUCAUUUUUCUUUCAUACCCACAAUGUCCAAUAUAGUUACUCCAACACUGUGAUCAUGAUUUGUAAAGAGCAGCCAUGUGAAGCCUUGUUCACUGUUCACACUUGUUGCAGUUGCUGCUUGACGAAUAAAAAACCCCAGAGUUCCUCUUCA